CCAAUAGGAAUCUCAAAGGACAGGAGUAUGUUUAAAACCCUAACUAAUCCUAGAGUUUAAAUGCGUUACUUACAGUUAAGAGAUCAGCCACCAUUAACUUGACAUCAGCCCAGAAUUUACUUCUGUGGUAUUCUCUUUAUGUUCUUACUGCCCUUUUGCCCUUUUGCUACUUCCAUUCCUCUUUAACUUCUUAGUAUUUUAAAAUAUUGAGUGCAUGACUCAGUUAAUCUCUGUGUCCUUUUGUUCAAACAGAGGCCUUUACUACUCAGGUGGACAUUAUUUUUUCAGAGACAUAGUGUUAAAACCAGGUAUUGGGAAAACAGCCCUGGCUGUUGUUGAGUGCAGUGACUGGUUGUGAGGGACACUUGUCAAGGAUCAAUGCUGAGACUCAUCGUGUUUAGUACUAACAGUAACUUAGACAAUGGGACUUAGCAAGUCUGCGGAUGACAGCAGACUGAGGACAGUGCCUGAUGUGGUGGAGUGCAGGCGUGUUAUUCAGAAGGCUCUUGACAAGCUGGAGAUUGGUUGUUAGGAACCUCCUGAAGCAAAUGCUAAGGCAAGUAUACAGGAAAAACUAACUGCAUGUAUCCUAGAGAAAGAUUGACAGAUCUGCAGAAAAGCCUCUGACAUGUUGGUGGACAACAAAGUGAAACCAAGUCAACAGUGCUUCUUUAUAGUAAUGAAAAUUAGCUACACACUAGGCUAUACUGGGAGAAGUGGACUGUGCAGUGAUUAUUCCCUCUGCUCAGCACUCAGGAGUCUGCACGGGCAGUUCUGUGCCCAGAUUUCAGCCUCCUAGUACAAGAAUGACAUUGACAAACUGGUAAGUUCAGCAACAGGGCACCAAGAUGACUAUGGGGGCUGAAGUACACAAUGGAGGUCUGAAGGAACAGGGAAUUUUCAGCCUGGAGAACAGAAACUAAGGGGGCUUACCGCUGUAUUCCACUGCAUGUAGAGAAGAGAAAGCAGGCUUUUUUGGGAGUUGCACAGUGUGAGGAUGAGAGGGAACAGUCACAAGCUGCAGAAAGACAAAUUAAAACUUGGUAUACAGAAAAAAAUUAUUUGCAUGGUCUCUGGAACAGUCGUCCAGAGGGGCUGUGAAAUCUCCAUCCUUGGAUUACUCAAAACACAACUAGACAGGAACUCAAGCAACUGGAUCUGACAAUGAAGCUGGCUCUGCUUUAAGUGUGAGUUUGGACUCAAUGAUCUUCAAGGGUAGCUUUCAACCUAAAUAUUUCUCUAACUCUUUAAAUUAGGAAAAAUGUCUCUUGUCAGAGGUGGUCAGGCUUUAUAAGUCCCUAGUGUGAAAAAAUGGGACACAUUUGUACAUUUAAAGCAACUGGGAGAGCUGGAGUUGUACUAUGUGCUGGUACAGUUGCCUAGAGAACUACUGCAUAACACAUGCAUCCUCCACCUGGGAACAGGGCCUGACUCAGAAGGAUCUUUUUUCUUUUCAGUACUGAGCUGUCAGUUUGAGUCAGCAUUUCUUUUUCAUUUCCUUAUGCAUUCUCCACCUAAUACAUAGCCUUAGGGUUCGAACUAGGGCUUGGGGAAGCAUAGGAAAGCCCAGCAUUGCAAAAGAUGAGAAACUCAGGUUACUUGUGUUUUGGUGAUCCUUCUGAGUUAGGAAAAGGAAUAAUAUCCUUUAGAGAAAGUUCUUUGUUUUCUGUUUCACUGACUGGAAUGGCCCUUUGCAUCUCACAAAUCCCAAAAGGAGAACUAGUAUUUGCAAUCAGAAAGUGUCAGAAGCUAUGUUUUCUCACAGUGUUUUUCAUAGUUGGGUAAGGAAUUACUGACACAUCACAUUUAUGCUUCUGUGUAAAACUGCUUUUCUCUUUGAGACUCAAAGUCUUGAAUUUCUAUACUAGACAUUUGAACAUAGCUAUUUGAUUACUAUACUUGUUUUAUAGUGAUGCUAGACAUUUGAUUAUUAGACUAAAUACUCUCAGGACUACUUUCUGGCACUGAAGUCAAUUGCCAUGUAAGAGCCCAGAUACAUUUUAUUAAAUCUUUGAAUAAAAUGGAUACAUGCAAACACCCUUUAGAAUUUAACCCUGACCUGAGCUAAUCUCUGGAUUGUGUCCAGGUGUUGUUCAGGACAUUGCUUGCAAAUCCUGGCCAAACCAGUGCUGGGAACUGUUGUUUCUGGACAUGUUCCAGUGCUGGGUAGCCUUCCAGUUAUCAGUGCAGCUAGGGGUGAUCCUCUACACUGUCCAACGUCUACAGCAGCUGGAUACAAACAGCUCUUGGCAGACUACUGCCUUUGACAUAGUUAAUGAUUGCUUUUAGGUCAAAGAAUCACCUGGGAAGCUUUUUGCAGUGUAUCAGAACAACAAGUCCAAUUUCUUAAUGAGGAUGAGUUCAUGCUGGACACACAUGUAAACCACCUUUGUGUUUCUCUCAGUAUGCAGCAGUAGCCAGAGUUGGAAUGCUCACAGUCACUUGCUAAAAGAAUGACGGAGUUGCACUAGACUGCACUGGUUUAUACAACCUUUCAUGAUACCUACCUCCUAGGCAAAAUUGCCAGAGCAAGCAUAGUUUGGCUCUAAUCCAUCAAAAGCUAGCCAUGAGCUAUGAAACAUUCAUUGGCUCUCUGUAGGGAAGAGAAAAGUACAAUACAUUAUUGAGACACUCAGGAGAUGACAUUAUGGUCUUGUCAAAUAUAUGCUAAAUGAACUCCUCAUUUGUUUCCUGUUUUCGCCUGGAAAAGAAUAACAGAAUCCAACUUAUUCAGGAAAGGUGUUACACCCAUACUCAAAAAAAGUCCAAAGGUUCAACCCAAUGAACUUCAGGCUUAUCAACCUGGAAAACUCAUGCCAUGAGUCCUCUUGGAACACAUUUCUGGACCCAUUAAGGAGAAGAAGGUCACUGGGAAACUUUCUAAGCCAGUAUGGCUCUUGGACUACUACCCUUCACUGGUCUUCCAUGUGGGUGGCGAUGAAGUUGCAAUGAGUAGUCCAAGUGUGAUCAAAAGAGACUUCAGGGCCUUGGGAAUGGUUGGUGAGGGAAUCAGGAGUAAGAGUUAUUUUCUCCUCUCUCCUUACAGUUUUGAGAAGUGAUAUUAGAAGAAACAGAUGGACUCAGUCUAUUAAUACAGGGCUCUGUGGCUGGUGUCACCACCACAAUCUGGGUUUUUUGAUAAUGUGGUGGUCUACAUGGCACCUGCUUUGCCGGCAUCAAAGGGAGUUCACCGUUCUCAAACAGGAAAGAGGGCUUUUGCACAUGAGCCAGCAGGCCUCAUUGACAGAGCUUUAAACCAGGUAUGAUGGGGGAGGGAGAUGACAUCAGGCUUUCCUAUGACAAUCUGUGGGAUGAGACACCAAGAAUAGAGGGGUGGGGUGCUAGUGAGGACCCUCAGCUGGUGGCCCUGAGACAUGUUGGCCUCACUGGAGCACACUUGAAGUCUUAAGGAGAUGAGCCAGGCCUCCUAAGGCCAAUGCGAAAGCAUCUGUGAAAUACUGUGAAGGAAUUAAGGGGUGUUCCUCUAAGAAGAUGACAUGGUCAACAGCCAAGCUGAAGUGUCUACACCAAUCCACACAGCAUUGGCAACAAACAGGAGGAGCUGGAAGCCACUGUGCUGCUAGAAGGCUAUGACCUAGUGGUUAUUCCUGAAACUUGGUGGGACAGAUCCCAUGACUGGAGUGUGGAAAUCAAUGGCUACAGGCUGUUCAGAAGGGACUAGCAAUGCAGGAUGGGUUGAGGGGUUGCCCUCUACAUGAAGAGAUGAAUAGAGUGUGAAGGGCUGUCUAUGAAGAAUAGCCAUGAGCAUCUAUGAAAGCUUAUCAGAGACCGAGGCAACAAAGGAAAUCUUAUGGUUGGUGUCUACUACAGGAUGUCAAAUCAGGGGGAGACUAUUGAUGAACCCUUCUUACUCCAGCUACAGGGAGCAUCAUGGUCACAAGCUCAUGUCCUGCUGGGGGACUUCAACCACUCUGACAUCUGCUAGAAAAGCAGCAUGGCGAGCUGUAGGCAAUCCAGGAGACUCCUGGAAUGCAUUGAGGAUAACUUCCUCAGCCAAGUAAUAAUAGACAGCCCUAGUAGGGGAGAUGCAACACCAGACCUCAUGGUAACAAAUAUAAGAGAGCUAAUUGGUGACGUCAAGAUUGGAGGCAGCCUGAGCUGCAGUGAUCAUGCACUUGUGGAGUUUGCAGUCCUGAGGGAUGUGGGACAGGCAAAAAGUAAAGUCAGGAUCCUGAAUUGUAGGAAAGACAAAUUCUAGCUCUUCACGUAGUCAAUAGAACUCCUUGGGAAACUGCCCUCAGGGAACUGAGGGAACUGAGUUCUGAGAGCAGAACUGAGCUGGCAGAUUUUUGAGGACACUUUCCAUUGAGCAAAACAGCUCUCAGUCCUCAGGUAUAAGAAGCUGGGUAAGGAGGGCAAGGGCCUGGCAUGGCUGAGUUGAGAACUGCUAGUCAAACUAAAAGGCAAGAAGGAAAUGCAGUGGAAGCUGGAACAGGUAUCCUGAGAAGAGUAUAGGGACACUGCCUGGUUAUGCAGGAUGGGGUCAGGAAGGAAAAGGCACAGCUGGAGCUGAACUAUAACAAGAAGGGCUUCUACAGGUAUGUCAACAAGAAAAGGAAGGUCAAAGAAAGUGUACCCCUCCUGAAGAGCAAGAGUGGCAAACUGGUUAGAACGGAUGAGGAGAAGGCUGAGGUAUUCAACAGCUUCUUUGCCUCUGUCUUCACCGGCAAGCUCUCUUCCCGCACUCCUCAAGUGAAUGAACUGCGAGAAAGGGGAUGGGGGGGCAAAAUCCCUCCCACUGUAAGUGAGGAUCAGGUUCCUGACCACUUAAGGACCUUGAACACACAUGAGUCAAUGAGACCUGAUGAGAUACAUUCCAGAAUCCUAAGGAAAUUGGCUCAUGUAGUUGCCAAGUUACUCUCCAUGAUAUUUGAGAAGUCAUGACAGUCAAGUGAAGUCCCUGGUGACUAGAAAAAGGGAAACAUCACACCCAUUUUUAAAAAGGAUAGAAAGGAGGACCUGGGAAACUACCAACCUGCUAGCCUCACAUCUGUGCCUGGGAAGAUCAUGGAACAGACCCUCCUAGAAGCUAUGCUAAGGUACCUGGAGGACAGGAAGGUGAUUUGAGACAGCCAGCAUGGCUUCACCAAGGGCAAGUCCUGCCUGACCAAACUAGUGACCUUCUACAAUGGAGUAACCACAUCAGUGAACAAAGGAAAGGCUACAGAUAUCAUCUAUCUGGACUCCUAUAAAACCUUUGACACGUUCUCCCCCAACAUGCUCCUCUGUAAACUGGAGAGGUAUGGAUUCGAUGGGUGGAUUUUUCAGUGAAUGAGGAACUGGCUGGAUGGUCACACUCAGUGAGUAGUGGUCAAUGACACAAUGUCUGGAUGGACACCAGUAACAAGUGAUGUCCCUCAAGGGUCCAUACUGGCACCAGUAGUGUUUAAUAUCUUCAUCAAUGACAUACGUAGACAGUGGGAUCAAGUGCACCCUCAAAGAGUUUGUGGAUGACACCAAGCUGAGUGGUGCAGCUGACACGCCUGAGGGAUGGGAUGGCAUCCAGAGGGACCUGGACAAACUUGAGAACCUCAUGAGGUUCAACAAGGCCAAGUGCAAGGUCCUGCACCUAAGUUUGGGCAAUCCCCAGUAUCAGUACAGGCAGGGGGAUGAAGGGAUUGAGAGCAGCCCUGUGGAUAAGGACUUGGGGGCACGAGGGGGUGAAAGAUUGGACAUGAGUUGUCAAUGCGCACUUGCAACCCAGAAGGCCAAUAAUUGUAUCUUGGGCUGCAUGAAAAGAAGCAUAGCCAGCAGGCCGAGGGAGGCGAUUCUGCCCCAGUGGUCCAUUCUGGUGAGACCCCACCUGGAGUACUGCAUCCAGCUCUGGGGUCACCUUAUUGCAUCCAUUCAGUACUUAGAAGGAGCCUGUAAGAAACAUGGGGACAGGCUUUUUAGGAGGGUCUGUUGUGACAGGACAAGGGGUAAUAGUUUCAAACUAAGAGAGAGAAGAUUCAUGCUAGAAAUGAAGAAGAAAUUGUUUACCAUGAGUGUGGCAAAACACUGGAACACUCUGCCCAGAGAGGUGGUAUAUUGCCCCAUCCCUGGAGACAUUCCAGGCCAGGCUGGAGAAGACUUUGAGCAACCUGAUCUAGUUGAAGAUGUCACAGUUCAUUGCUGGGGAGUUGGACUAGGUGACCUUCGAAGGUCUGCAGCAAGCAGAACCCUAAAUUACUCCCCCAUGGCACCAACCCAAAUUGUUCUGUGAUUAUAUGAACAGUCUGUAUGGUUUUACCAAAGCUAAAUGCCUGUGACAAGCGGUGUAUCACAGGGGUCUGUCCUGGGACCUGUCCUGUUUAAUGUUUUUGUCAAUGAACUGGAGGAAGCGAUGGAGCACACUGUCAUCACAUUUUCAGAUGACACCAAAUUGGAGUGACCAGCUGACUUGGUCAAGACAAAGGCUACCAUCCAGGGGGAUCCAUACAGCCUGAAGUAACAGACCAAAAGGAACCUUGAAGUCAUCCACUACUCACUUGAAUUUACAUAGUCCAGAAGAGGAAAAGGUAAACAAUAUAUAAAAUUAUUUGAAAAUCUUCAAAACAGUGUUUUGAAAAAUCAUGCUGUGUGUUUCCUAAAACUGUGCAUUACAGCAACCCUUGUUAAUCUCUUAUGAAACAGCUUCAUACAAUAUUUGGCAACUUCUUGAAGAAUAUGAACACAAUUGUUCCAUCUACUCCUUUCUUAUGAAAAGUUGGUAACAUUUAUGAAGAUUUUAUUAGUCCAGCGUUUUUGUUAGAGCUCCUCCUAACACUGUAAAUGUUAAUGUUAUACAGAGACAUUAUUAUUAACAGAAUUGACAGAACAUACAGAUUGAAUUUUCUGUCUUUCAUUUAUGACAAGCUCUUCAUGAAUUGGCUAGAAAUAUUUACAUCAAGAGUGCAGAACACCACCUGCAAGAUAUCCCAGCAGACCACUCUUGACCUGUGGACCAAGAUCUCUGGUGCUGAAAGGAGCAGUCUUGGGAGACCUGGAGAGAACUCUGCCCAACCCUGACUACUCCUGGGGGAGUCUCAGCUGCUCAUGUUACCAAUACUGAACUGGAAUAAACCACAGAAAAGCACAUUAAACAAACCCAAAACCAUUGCUAGUUUAUCAUAAACACCAGGUUGUAGACUGGAAGUUCACAAGUUGUUGAUAUGACUGUUCCCAGAAGAAGGUGGGUCCUGUUGAAAGGGAACACAAAAAAUGUCUUAUGUCCUGAAGGAAGCUGGUGCCCAGGAGAGUCAGAGUCCUGGGCUUGUUCAGGACCUGAGAGGAGCCACAGAGCCAGCAGGGCCAUGUCUUCCCUGACCAGGGCUCAUUCUACACCACCCAGCACGGGAGCACAGGCUGCCAGACCCCAAGAAGAAGGGAAGAAUGGCUAUGCCAGUUGGUGCACACAGAGACCUAAUGAAUUCAUAUGGACUAGAGUUUAAAGCAGAACAGUCAAAACUAAUUCAAUCACUGUUUAGACAGACUGGAGGUACUGGUCAGAUGACACUCUAAGACUACUCUCAGGUUACCCAGAACCUGACCAAACAUGCCACAAGAAGCAAAUCCCCUCAUCAACAUUAGCUGGGCAUACUGACACACACUUUGCAUAAAAAGUACAUAUGUCAUGAAAGGAUGGUGCUAUAGAAAAGUUAAAAAAAGUGGCAGUUGUUACUGAAAGAGCUAGUGGUAUCCAAGUAGAGCAUAUUUGACAAACAGGCAAUUCCAGACCACAAUGAGCCGUGUACUAGCUGUGUUCUUUUUAGGCUACAUAAAAUAAGCUAAUUAAAUCCUUUAGUGGCUAGAAGAUUUUAAACAUGCCAGUCCUGCUCCCAAGGUAUGGAAAGAGCUGGCAAGGACUCAGUCAAUGCAAGGUACUAGGUUCUAGAGACCAAAUCCUGCAGCUGGGGCACUGUCUCACAUAAGCUCUGCCUUCAGUAGUACUUGCUUAACUUAUCUAUAUUUUUUUUUUUGCAUCUAUAACCUCAGGGUUUUAAAAUGGAAAAUAUUAAUAACAUGCCCUUCUGGUGGGAAUCACUGGGUUAUGGUGGGCAAGACUGAGCAGUGUGGCCUGAAAAACAAAAACAUUAUAAAUGUGUAAUGCCCAUGAGGUAACUUGCUAUUGAUGGAUCUGAGCACAAAAACUAGGGGGGGAAAAAAAAAAAAAAAAAGGCAAAAAGCAGGGUUAAGAAUAAGUAGUUCUUCCUCUAACACACUGACUGCGAAGGGUCCUGCCUCUCUCCUUAGAAGCCUGGGGAAUUCUUCACCUUCCUGCUAUUGUGCCUAUGUGGAAGGUAGGGGGUAAUUAGAAUGACUCUAGCUACAAAUGUUUGAGAAAAGCAAGAAAUAAGAAGAAUCUAUUACAUGAAGAUUACAUAUCUGCAUGCCAGAUAUCAUGUGCAACAAACUGGGAAGUGGCUAACACAGCAUGACCCAGAACCACACCUAAAGUUGCUGCAAGUUGAAGUAAAUAUUGUGGCUUAGACCGUCAAAUUUAUAUGACUGCAAAGUCUUUUGUGAAUUUGGCAUUACUGAAUUCAGUAAAGGCUUUGGAUAUUUUCUUUUAAUGUGAGUAUUCAGACACUUUUGCACAUAACCCAUGAUACCGUAGCCUGAGAUGAACCAAACAAAACCAACCUAUAAUCAGGCAGUAAAUACGUUCAGAAAUUUGGAUCUGAUAUUUUCCUUGCCACUUAUUUGCCUACAAAUAUACAAGACAGAAUUUUCCUGGCUAUUUGCAAACAACAAAGGAGAACCUGGGCUGAUGAAGGAGUCUUAAACAAUGUAUUACAGCCAUGCAGGUCCUGUCAGAAACAAGUGGUCAUGUUAUAAGCACUUUAAACAUGGACUAGCCACACAAAAGUGCUGUUAGUUCCAGAAUGUAUUAUUUAUGAAAAUGUAUUUAUUUGCAGAAGGGGCAUUGCCAUGAUCAUAUACAUGUACAACUACUACUGAGUAUGUAUGUAUUUUUGCAUAAUGAUUUUGCAUAUUAUGACUAUUAAUGUUUAGUUCAUCCAACAUGACAGGAAGGAAGAGUUAAUUGCGUGAUCAGUUUGUGUUAACAUCUGCAAAUUAGGACAUUUAAGGAAGUUUGAGAGCAGUAAGGGAAACGACAAACUGAGUCAUUUCUGACUUGCAGCAUUUGCUACUUAGUACCAGCAUGCAGUAAAAAAAGUUAACUGGCAGACCAAAAUACUCACUCAUGUCUGCAUGACCACAGCUACAAAUUCAAGCGCCCUUGCUGCUGUGAUCCAAAAUCAAACAAGAUAAAGGAGGAGGGUUUUUUCAAGAAAAGAGAAGAAAAGAUGUUUGAUACUCUUGGACUCAUUUGCAUCAUUUGGUGGUGUAUGAUGCUAUUUCAAGCCUUGCAUGCUGACAUCCAGUGUAUGGGGUCAGAAGCACAAGAAUCACCUAUUACAAAUGUGAACAUGAAUUGGAGAAAAAUGGAACUGUCCUGGGAGAGCAGCAAGAAUUUCUCUAACUACAAAUGCACCAUCGUGGACGUGACAGAUGUAGAGUCAGAGGGGAACAGUCCACUAUGCAGUUUUCCAGUGGAACUAUACAUGCCUCGGCACAAAGGGGUAUUCUUUAUCAUUGAAGUGGCAAACACAAACAUCUCAAAAGACUGCAGGUUUAUCCCUGGAGGCAUGAACAGAUCAGCCAUUGAAAACUUCUCCUGUGUGAUUUAUAAUGUUUCCCUCAUGAACUGCACUUGGCAAGCAGGCAGGGAUGCUCCAGGAGAUACACAAUAUUUUCUGUACUGGCAGAACUCAAGAGAUGACGACGAGACGGAAUGUGAGCUUUACAUUAAAGAUGAAAAUGGCAGAAACAUGGGAUGUAAAUUCAAAAAUGUGAGCAUAGUGACUGAAAAAUCUUACUUCCUGGUGAAUGGGUCUAGUAAAGUCUCUCGGAUCCAGUUCUAUGAUGAGUAUAUUCAACUGUAUAAAAUUGAAAUACUCACUCCACCGUCAAAAGUCACUGCCAGUUGCACUAAAGAUCCAGCGGGUUGCAUAAUUACAUGGCAACCACCCUUUACAAGUCACGUGGAAAACAAAAACUGUUUCCAGUAUGAAGUUAGCAUACAAAAUAAGGAUAAGCCCACAGAAGGGAAAAAGGAUACUCCUGUAACAGUUAACAACAACACAUACGAAUUCCAAAAUUACAAUGAGAAAAAAGAAUACAUUCUGAAAAUCAGAGCACGUGGCAAAAACUGUCUUGUAAACUCAAGUUGGGGAGAAUGGAGUGAGCCCAUCGAGUUUGGUCAAGGGAAAGAUUACUUCAUUUUUGUGACUUUAUUUCUGAUAGCACUUGGAACGAUCUCGGUGACACUGCUCCCAUAUUGUCUUUUCAAAAGGUAUUGCAGUUUCAAAAGUUUAUUUUCUCCCAUUCCACAACCAAGAGAUAAAUUUAAUGCAUCAAAUGAUGAAGACACCCAGACAGAAUAUGUACAUCAACCCAAAAAAAGUUGUACUGAGGAAAUAACUAUGGUUGAAGAGAUGACUUAGCUUUUGAAACAUAAAGAUCACUUGGAUUCCGCAGCAUGAAAGAAAAUCACGGGUCCUCCUAACAAAGAACUAUUUCACAGCACAGACUAGAAAUGAGUAUCAUUACCUACAAAACUAUUUGUCCCACCUAAAACGGGAUGGGGGAAAAAAAGGAGAAAAAUUCCUAAAAUUUACUCUUUUCCCUUUGUUCAAAACCACAAUGCCUGACAGCUGAGCUUUUCUGCAAACACCUACUGUGAAGACUUCCUUAAACCUUGUGGAGAUUUUCUUCACAGUGCAAGAUAAGGCCUCUCACCCACAACGCAGAAGAAACUUCUGAUUUCCAGUCUUCAUUGCUAUGAUGCUUCUUUCCUCCAAAUACGAUUUCCUGUAGAAUGCUAGGACUGCUUAAGAAUGCCAAAGUAGUUAAUUUUACCAGCUUAUAUUUAUAUAACCAGAGUAUUUUUGGAAGCAGAAACUUAGCUAUUGAAAAUGUUUAAAAAUGCCCUUCAACAUCACAAUCAGCAAUACCAAACUGUCGCAGUAUAUCCAAUAAAUUUUAUGCAAAACAGAAAAGUAGGAAAAAAACCUGCACUUGUCAAAAAUAAAUAUUAAUACUGGGCUGCCAGUCAGCCAUUUCAUAGGCUCAGUACUCCCAAUGCAAACGUGAAUCUCUGCAAUAUUAAUAUAGAAUCAACUUACAUGGAUAAUAUUUGAGUCUUCAAAAAUUCAGUGUAACACUUGUGAGAACUGAAAUAAAACCUGUAACAUGACCUAACUGGAUUUUAAAUGUAAAUACUUCCCGACACCAAUGCAUUUUAUUAUUCAAAGGGUGCAAGCCUUAUUUCCAAUGCCUUUUAAAAAUACAGGCUUUAGAUGCCACUAUUUUCUUUUACAAAUUCCAGAUGCUUUCCUAACAUUUUUUUUUUUUCAAAAUAAAUACGUCAAUGUUUCAAUAAGGCAGAAAACAAAUGCUUUCUUUAAAAGUCUCAUUUAUUGUUUGCCUCUUAUGUUCCCACACUGCGUAAUCACACAUUGAAGAUUGCUGCUGCAUGACCAAGGGAAGCCAUAUACUAAAAAAAAUGAACACCAAGUAGUACAUGCUGAACGCACAGCAUAGCUAAAUUGCAGUCCCACUUAAAAACCCAAAUAACCACAAUUGCAUUGAUUUCUUUUCCUACUUCUUCUGGUUGAAAUCUAGUUCUGGAGGUAAAGAGGGAAGGUGGGGUGAAAGACCUCCUCAUCCUUUCAAGGGCUGCUCAAGUAAUUGUCAUGUUUGGUUCUUCCUCACAAACCCAGGGCCACCAUACACUAGGGGAGUAUCCUAUCAUUACCUCCACCUUCCAAGCCACUGAUAGAGAAAGUUGCUCCUAAGUAUUCUAUUUAUAUAGACAAAAACUCUUCCCCUGCCCCCAAAGAUCAGUAUAAUUCCAACUGAAACAGCAAGUUGAUUGGCAAGGUCAACAUCAAGGGACCUGCCUGCACCACAAGGAGGCCACCGUGACCAAACUGGAUAAAACACUUGCAGUAGGUACAACGCAGCUGUGUUAUGUACUUACAUUCACAUACAGAUGCUGAAAGCAGUGCUUGUGCAACAGUGAAAGGAAAAAGGUAAAUUAUAUGUUGGAGAGGAAGGUAAUAAUCAGCCAAAGCCAUGUAGUUAAUUUAAAUACUUCAUCUUGAACAGCAACCUCAGAAGGCACACAAAAGAACUUAAGACAGCUCAGUCAGCCUUCAUUGACUCAUUAUACAAUGACACACUGUUUCAUUCUCAUGAUUUAGAGAGAGUUCUUACAAACAUGACUAGAAGAUGAACACCUUGUUUUCAUUUACUGGUCCCCCUACCAUGUCUUUGCAGAUUAUGAAGUACAAAAGCAAGAUUAUAUACAUAUGGAGAACGGCACAUAGGUAUUAUUUUUAAAUAGCAGUAAGAGAAACUACUCAAUCCGAUUUCGGUCUUCUGACAAUCCUCAGAACUAGACAUUAAUCCGUUAAUAUUGAAGGCUGACCUAUCUUGAUCUAUAUUUUACAGCUACACAGAAGCACACAUAUUCCCUCUCACACAGCCCAUCAACUUCACCUCUUAGAAUGAACUUCAUUUCAGAUUCAGUUCACCUUCCCCAGAGGUACUGAUCACUGCUAUACAUCAGGCCAAACUGUAUCUUGAACGGCACAAUCAGCAUUUCCAAAUAGCAGCAAUAACACAAUACAUGGGUUACUCAGAAGACGAAGGCAUUUACUAGGUUCCUGGAUUUUUGCAUGAAUGCCAUGUUGCUUUCCACGUUGUUUUAAAUUUAAAUUUAAGCUGUUUUACCAAGGGCAAGAGCAUUACUUUUUGACUGUCCUUGGGACUUUGGGUUCUCCUAGCACUACAACAGAAAACCCUCCCUUUAAAAUAUGAAAAGUUGCAAAUCAGUUUCUAAGAAUCAUGCAAAAAGCCACUUGCAGCAGCUCAUCAUACACUAUCAGGCACAAAGAAUGGGCGUGGUUUUUAUUAGUAUAACCCAUGCUUCUCCCCCCACCCCACCCCCUGAAGUUCUCACAUUCAAUUAUUUCUUUUUUUAAAUCAAGCUUAUUCUGUUACAGAGUGCAGUGUAAGUGUAUCAUAGGAACCAUCAUCUGAAACAAGUUUUCAAACAAAAGAGGCUUUCCCAAAGCUUUUAUGUAAUAAUUUCAACACAGAUAGAGUAAGUAUGUUUAUUGUUCUACACCAGAAUGCCCCAAUUUAAGAACAAAAUUGCUAGAUGUUCAGCUGUGCAAAAUGGUACAUAGUGCUUCAGUACAAGUGGAAAAAAACCAUGAUUUGUUAGCAAGUAUUUUCAAAUACAAUUUUAUGGUCCUAGAAGAUAGGACUUGAAACUGGAGACUGAUCCACAGGCAAACAAUUUUUUUUUCUGCCUAAAUUGGACCCAGAACCAAUGCCACUGAUUCCUUGUUGCUGGAAAAAAAAAAUAUAUAUAUAAAGUCGCCACACUGAACUGCCAGAUUCAGUGUCUUCAUGCAUGUUACUGAGAAAUGGAUCAGUCCUCUGUAUCAGUUUCUAGCCCCAUCUACAAAUAUCAUCUGGCUCCGAUAAAUAAGACUCACAGGAAUUUCUUGAAGGUCAAUGGUCCAUAAUGGUAGUUAUUCUACAUGAUCUGCUCAACUUGAUUUCCAAUUCUAGUUAGGCUGUUUAAAUGACUUUCUUGAAUUCAUCGUACAGCACAAGCACAAAAGCACCCCCCAUGCCUCUGAGAACAUUGGACCAUGCAC